CUCUCUCUCUCUCUCUCUUCCUGGUGAGAAAUUAGGGCUUUGGGAUCGACCGAGAAGCUGAAAUCAAGACCAAUGGAGAUUACGGAGCAGAAAGAAGAAGAGUUGAGGAACGCUAAAGAAUCGGGAGACGUGACCAACACCAAGUCGCUGUCUGGUCCGGAUUCUCUUUCGGAGGAGUCCGAAGAACGCCAUGCUCGUGAGCUCAAAGCCGGUCUGCAUCCCCUGAGGUACAAGUUUACGUUUUGGUACACUCGCCGUACACCAGGGGUCAGGAACCAGACAUCUUACGAGGACAACAUAAAGAAAAUUGUAGAGUUCAGUACGGUUGAGGGGUUCUGGGCCUCCUAUUGUCACCUUGCUCGAUCUUCUUCCUUGCCUAUUCCAACAGAUCUCCAUGUUUUCAAGGAGGGGAUUCGUCCUUUGUGGGAGGAUGCUGCCAACUGCAAUGGAGGAAAGUGGAUCAUACGUUUCUCGAAAGUCGUUUCUGCUCGCUUUUGGGAAGACCUGCUACUUGCGCUGGUAGGUGAUCAGCUUGAUGAUGGCGAUAACAUAUGUGGAGCGGUGCUAAGUGUCCGCUUCAACGAAGACAUCAUCAGUGUCUGGAACCGUAAUGCUUCAGAUCGUCAGGCCGUGAUGGCUCUGAGAGACUCCAUCAAACGGCAUUUGAAGCUUCCUCACGCAUAUGUGAUGGAAUACAAGCCCCACGACGCUUCUCUUCGAGACAAUUCCUCCUACCGAAACACUUGGCUGCGAGGAUAGAUUCCAUAUCCCCGGUUAGCUCUUUCGUGCUUUUGUCCCCGGAGAUUAUCUAGGUCGGUCAUCGAAGUCAGUACUGUUGCUCAUAGAUGAACCCAUGCCCAUGCUUAUACUGAAUCAGUAGAUUUCUCCUUUGUGAUUUCCCUUGUACAACUAUGUUUUUCCUCAUCAUGG